AUGUCCCAGUCCCGCCAGUUGGACGAAGAUACCGAUAUGGCUAUUUCGUAUACACAGCCGUCCGUCGGACACCAGACACUCCCCUCAUUCCGCGAGCUCCUCCCCGCUCACCUCCACGAUGAAAUCGAAUCAACCUCACCAUACUACACCUCACCACGCUCACAAGACCGCCCGGGCUCCGGCCACGACAUGGCCGACCCCCGCUCUAUCCCAUACGGCACCCCAACUAAAAUGCCCUACGAUGCACACCGUGAAUACACAGUCUCCCGCGGUGAACGCAUGGACCCGGGCCACGCGAUGCGGUUCUCCGAAGGCGCAUCCCGCGGCCCGAGUCCAAUCCUCCCACCCAUCCGAGACCUGGACUCCAUGUCCCGGUCAGUAAAUCAUAAGGGCUACGAGCGCGCCCCCAGAUCAGACCCCUUUGUCACUCAGGAAUAUCGCCAGCCCGGGCCGGCCCCCGUGGCGAUGCCCGAUCGCCGCAGCGAGCAAUACGCCCCGAUAGCGCAUCCCCAGUCACCAUAUGGCCAUCCCGCGAUGGGGUACGAUGAGCAGGUCUCACCCCCGAUGAUUGCGCAUGGCCAACAGGCCAAUUUUGGAAUUAUGGGUGAUCCUAUUGAUCCUAAGACGAAGCGCAGACGGGGGAAUCUGCCUAAGCCUGUUACGGAUAUCUUGCGUGCUUGGUUCCAUGAACAUCUUGAUCACCCUUACCCCAGUGAGGAGGACAAGCAGAUGUUCAUGACGCGGACUGGGCUUUCAAUCAGUCAGAUUAGCAAUUGGUUUAUCAAUGCCCGUCGGCGACAACUGCCUGCUCUGCGCAAUCAGAUGCGUGGCGGUACAGAUGCGGAUUCUCAGCGACAAUCUCCAUUCAGUGACAUGGAUGGUGACUUGACUUCUCCUCACCAUUGA